AAAAAAAAAAAAUUCUGGUACUAGAUAGAGGCAAUGGGUGAGCUCAAUAUUGUGAGUACACUAAAUGUCACUUACUAAUGGUAAACUUUAUGUGUAUUUGCCACAAUUAAAAAUAUAAAAUAAAACGCUUUGCAAAGCUGUGCAUGAGCCAUCCUGCACUAGGAUUCUUUCAUGUGACUGGUGUCAACAACUUCUGGGGGCGACGGAGUUUGGUGAGCACCGAUCCCUUAGUACCCUAAAUCGGUGACGGCCCUCUGGAGAUUGUGGCAGGGCGACCUCCCACCGGGUUCGCUCCGGAGGACCCUGGCCGGGUUGCGCCACCCAGUGCGCCUUCCUCUUUCUCUGGUUCUCAAGUCUGGCUGCAACACUUGGCACCUAGGCCCACUUUCUUCCCAGGCUCUUCCAGUCUGGACACGCCCAAUGGGACACACCACGCCCAAGCCGCGGAUCUCUCCGCCAAUCAAUUUGCUACACCCUAACCAGUAGACCCGCCCAGACUCCGCUCCAGGCCACACCCAAGGCCCCGCCCCUCACGCCUGUCUGUCAAGCCCGCACUGGCCCCGCCCCUGUCUCCCUUUCGCAGUUCCUUCACGUUGGCCUCGGAGCGGCCCGUUGUUAUGACGACACGGUCGUAAAUCCGCCAUCUUCCUGCGGCGCGUUGCGACAUGGAGGGCGCGAUGGCAGUGCGGGUGACGGCCGCUCAUACGGCAGAAGCCCGGGCCGAAGCCGGGCGUGAAGCGGGCGAGGGCGGGGUCGCAGCAGCGGCUUUGGCUCCAGGCGGCUUUCUCGGCCUCUCAGCGCCCUUCAGCGAGGAAGAUGAGGAUGAUGUGCAUAGAUGUGGCCGCUGCCAGGUGGAAUUCACUGCCUUGGAAGAUUUUGUUCAGCACAAGAUUCAGAAGGCCUGCCAGCGGGCCCCGCAGGAGCCUCUGCCUACCACCCCUGCCACAACUGCACUGCUGGGCCAGGAGCUAAAGGGGAGCAGUUGUGAGUCCCUAUAUAUGAAGACCAACGGGCCCAAAGUCUGUCUCCAGUUUCAUGGAAGCUGUCUUCGAAAGGAAAAUGGCCACAUUGUGGUGCCAGCAGCAGCAGGCCCAGAAGAGCCCAUCACCGUGGCCCACAUUGUGGUGGAGGCAGCCUCUCUAGCAGCAGAUAUCAGCCACGCUCCUGACCUUGUUGGCAGUGGGCACAUCAAAGAGGUCAUUGUGGCUGCUGAGGCAGAGCCAGGGAACAACGAGAUGGCUGAGGCCCCAGGCAGUCCCAACCAUCAGGGGCUCGGGCUUGCUGGGGAGGGCGAGCAGGCCCAAGUCAAGCUGCUGGUGAACAAGGAAGGCCGCUACGUGUGCAUGCUGUGUCACAAGACCUUCAAAACGGGCAGCAUCCUCAAGGCCCACAUGGUCACCCACAGCAGCCGCAAGGACCACGAGUGCAAGCUCUGCGGGGCCUCCUUUCGGACCAAGGGCUCACUCAUCCGGCACCACCGACGGCACACUGAUGAGCGCCCCUACAAGUGCACCAAGUGCGGGAAGAGCUUUCGGGAAUCGGGUGCGCUGACCCGUCACCUCAAGUCUCUCACCCCAUGCACAGAGAAAAUCCGCUUCAGCAUGAGCAAGGAUGUGGUUGUGGGCAAAGAGGACGUAUCUGCAGGGUCGGGCACCUCCACGGUCGGGCCGGUUACUUCAUCAUCAGUGACAGGCGAAUCCAUGGAGACAUCACCUGUGAUUCACCUGGUGACAGAUGCCAAGGGCACCGUCAUCCAUGAAGUCCAUGUCCAGAUGCAGGAGCUGCCCCUGGGCAUGAAAGCUUUGGCUCCAGAGCCCCCAGCUCCUGAGGAGCUUCCCUGUUCUCGUGAGGGUAGUCGUGAAAACCUGCUGCACCAGGCCAUGCAGAACUCUGGCAUUGUUCUUGAGAGAGUUGCUGGAGAGGAGGGUGCCCUGGAAGCAGCCCCUGCCUCUGGGUCCAGUCCACAGCCCCUGGGAGAUAGAUCCCCGGAAUUGCCACUGCUGGAAGUGCAGCCGAUGGAGACACAGAUGUCCAGCGAGGCUUCCACUGUGCCCAAGACCCACCCAUGCCCUCAAUGCAGUGAGACCUUCCCAACAGCAGCCACCCUGGAGGCCCAUAAGAGAGGCCAUGCAGGUGGGUGGCAGGAGGGUGGAUGGGUCCGUGGACAGCGAGGAGCAGGUGGGCUUUGGGCAGCGGGCCUGGCUGAUGCUGGCUUGGCCGCAGGGCCAAGGCCCUUCCCCUGUGCGCAGUGUGGCAAGGCCUUCCCCAAGGCCUAUCUGCUCAGGAAGCACCAGGAGGCGCAUGUGCACGAGCGCCGCUUUCGCUGCGGGGACUGCGGGAAGCUCUACAAGACCGUCGCCCACGUGCGCGGCCACCGGCGCGUCCAUUCAGAUGAGCGGCCCUUCCCUUGUCCCCAGUGUGGCAAGCGCUACAAGACAAAGAAUGCCCAGCAAGUGCACUUCCGAACACACUUGGAGGAGAAGCCACAUGUGUGCCAGUUCUGUAGCCGAGGAUUCCGGGAGAAAGGCUCAUUGGUGCGGCAUGUGCGGCAUCACACAGGCGAGAAGCCCUUCAAAUGCUACAAGUGCGGCCGUGGUUUUGCUGAGCAUGGCACACUUAACCGGCACCUGCGCACCAAAGGGGGUUGCCUUCUGGAGGUGGAGGAGGUGCUGGUAUCAGAGGAGAGCCCCUCAGCAGCUGCCACCGUGCUUGCGGAGGACCCCCACACAGUGCUGGUAGAGUUCUCAUCUGUGGUGGCCGAUACCCAGGAGUACAUCAUUGAGGCCACUGCAGAUGACACAGAGACCACUGAAGCCACAGAGAUCAUUGAGGGCACCCAGACAGAGGUGGACAGCCACAUCAUGAAGGUGGUACAGCAGAUUGUGCACCAGGCCAGCGCUGGGCACCAGAUCAUCGUGCAGAAUGUGACCAUGGACCAGGAGGCAGGACUGGGUCCAGAGGCAGCUGCUGCAGACACGAUCACCAUCGCCACCCCCGAGAGCCUGACUGAGCAGGUGGCCAUGACACUGGCCUCAGCCAUCAGUGAGGGUACUGUGCUUGCGGCUCGUACAGGUGCAAACGGCACUGAACAGGCUACUGUAACAAUGGUGUCAUCAGAGGACAUUGAAAUCCUUGAGCAUGCAGGCGAGCUGGUCAUUGCCUCACCAGAGGGCCAGCUUGAGGUACAGACGGUCAUCGUCUAGCAUGGGACCUGUGGGGUCCCAGCUAGGCUGGGAAAGGGACAGGGUUAUCCUUGUACUGGUCCCGACCUGAGUGCCCAGGACUGCCUGGCCUGGUAGAGAAGACUGCCCAGAAUUUCAGGUGUUCAAAUCAGACGGGGAAUGUAAAUAUGUGGUUUUUGUUUCUUUACAAUAAAACAUGAAUAAAAUA